GUACACCAGGGGUUGGAAAAACCACCCUAGGCAAAGAACUUGCAUCAAGAUCAGGACUGAAAUACAUUAAUGUGGGUGAUUUAGCUCGAGAAGUCUGAUCAACGGAUAUCAUGGAUUCUGGCAAGAUGGCUUCUCCCAAGAGCAUGCCGAAAGAUGCACAGAUGAUGGCACAAAUCCUGAAGGAUAUGGGGAUUACAGAAUAUGAGCCAAGAGUUAUAAAUCAGAUGUUGGAGUUUGCCUUCCGAUAUGUGACCACAAUUCUAGAUGAUGCAAAAAUUUAUUCAAGCCAUGCUAAGAAAGCUACUGUUGAUGCAGAUGAUGUGCGAUUGGCAAUCCAGUGUCGUGCUGAUCAGUCUUUUACCUCUCCUCCCCCAAGAGAUUUUUUAUUAGAUAUUGCAAGGCAAAGAAAUCAAACUCCUUUGCCCUUAAUCAAGCCAUAUUCAGGCCCCAGGUUGCCACCUGAUAGAUAUUGCUUGACUGCUCCAAACUAUAGACUUAAGUCUUUACAAAAAAAGGCAUCUACUUCUGCGGGAAGAAUAACAGUUCCGCGGUUAAGUGUUGGUUCAGUUACUAGCAGACCAAGUACUCCCACGCUUGGCACGCCAACCCCACAAACCAUGUCUGUGUCAACUAAAGUAGGGACUCCAAUGUCCCUCACAGGGCAAAGGUUUACAGUACAGAUGCCCACUUCACAGUCCCCAACUGUAAAAGCAUCAAUUCCUGCAACAUCUGCAGUUCAGAAUGUUCUAAUUAACCCAUCAUUAAUUGGGUCCAAGAACAUUCUUAUAACCACUAACAUGGUGUCAUCACAAAAUACUGCCAAUGAAUCAGCAAAUGCAUUGAAAAGAAAACGAGAAGAUGAUGAUGAUGAUGAUGACGACGAUGAUGAUGACUAUGAUAAUUUGUAAUCUAGCUUUGAUGCUUGUAACAUGUGUACUUGGUCUUGAAUCCAUUGUACUGAGAUUAAACAUGCAUGCUGGGUGUUUUCAUGUUGUGUUGUAGAACAUGUAAAUUGUAUUUAAUGAGUAAAUAUAGUUACCCUCUCUGAGUUGUUGGAUUUUCUUUAAUAGGAUUAGUAAUGGUUUUUCAUCAGCCUUCAAGUGUAAAAAAUAAAGUUGUUCAUCAA